UACAGCUAGUCGAGAACGUGAGGCGGCCCGGUGCAGAAUGAAGGAGAGAGGCAAACCGCGCGCUCAGAUCAAGCAGCAACAACUUCCUCUCUUAUUGGACGAGCUAAGGCGUUUCGUUUUUGUCCCUGCAAGGAUUUUCGAGUUGGAUCUAUAGUGUGUGCAGCUGUAGUCGCAUUUUCCAAGCAGUGUGCAUUUAACUUUCAUCCGAAAGAGUUGAUGCCAAAUUAACAGCACUUGCUUGCGUGUGUGUGUUAUAUCCUCUCGUCUUGUGUGUUUAAAGUGUGUUUAGUGCGUUUUAUUGCAAUCUGGUUUUCCAAGUGCCCGUGGACGUUAUUGAAGAACGCCGAGCUAAGUGGAAAAUUAAGAAAAACAAAGUGUACAGGCCACGUGAGUUGUCAGCAAGGAAAAAUUGUGGUUUGCUCGAUUUUCCAAUCCUCCGUUUGGCAGCAAGGAAUUGGACGAUCGAGUCGAAAAUUGGCCAACAGGUUGAUUAAAUAUUGAAGAAUCGAUCUUCACCGGAAAAACCGGAAAAUUCCGUUGCAAUAGAGAGGUUAUGCAGGAAAAGUAGAGGGCGCCCAAGCACGCCGGACUAACACAUACGUCCAGCAGCGGAGCGAGGGUAGCUUUUCGCGCGCUCUUCUCCCGCGCGCGCCAUCCAGUGCGAUUGCUCUCGCGCACCUUUUCUUCAUUUGGACAUUUGCCUUUUAUCGUUAAGACUUAUUGACCGCUGCGAUCCUUGGACGAUUGCACGAUAUCGUGGAAAAUUGAUUUUUCAAUUUUUUAAAGAUUACUCGGAAGUCGAGCGGCCAAAUAAAAAAUUUUAGGCGGCUAGUUUUCGCGCGCACGAUAAGUGCAUUAUGGCGCUCUCGAAUUACUGACUUGGACGAGAGCGCGACGAGACACACUUGCCAGCUCGUGUUCCGCAUUUUUCGGCAGCCUGCUUCUCGGUCGUGUAACUUCCUGGAGGAUCCCUCGGCCUUGACCACUUGUUCUUGGACUACGAGGAGACGAUUUACAGAUGAGAGAAGCCGCCAAAAUGCCGCAGACAAGUGUGAAAGAGAACCAGUCUAAACUCCAUGUACAGAAUGGCAAAAUUGGUCUCAAGCGCAAAAGGAAGUCUACAGAGAUUUUAGAGGAUUCUGAGAAUAUCUAUCCACCCAAUAAGGUUGCAGCACUACCAGAAAACGUAUCAUCCCCACCUAGUUGCAAUGUGCUCAGUCCACCCGUAAUACCAUAUACACCUCAGUCAUCUACUUCACCUUUGAAAGAGCAGCAAGAGCCAACCACAUGGUCUGAAUUAAGGCCAACUUGUUUUCUCACACCUUCUGCUUCUCACAAUGAUAGCAAUAAGAACACACCCUUACCAUCUUUACCCUGGGCAGACGGUACAGAAGUUUGGGCACUUAUGUGUUUGGGAGAUCAGAGAUCUGUCACUCAAAGGGAUCCUCAGAUGUUUCAAAGGCAUCCUACUUUACAGCCUAGGAUGAGAGCUAUCCUGUUAGACUGGUUAAUUGAAGUCUGUGAGGUGUACAAGCUUCAUAGAGAAACUUAUUACCUUGCAAUGGACUACAUUGAUAGGUAUCUUUCGACUCACCAUAAUGUUCCCAAGAAUCAACUUCAGCUUAUUGGUAUUACAUGUUUAUUUGUUGCAGCUAAGGUUGAGGAAAUUUAUCCACCAAAGAUAGCAGAGUUUGCAUACGUGACUGAUGGUGCAUGUACCGAGGAGGAGAUCUUAGGCAAAGAGUUAGUUGUAUUAAAAGGUCUUGGAUGGAAUUUGUCAUCUGUGACUAUACCAGGAUGGCUCAAUGUCUACAUGCAGGUGGAUUCGGGUGACUGGUCCAGACCAAACACUUUCAUAUAUCCACAGUAUGGUGGACUUCAGUAUUCUCAAGCUGCACAGCUUCUAGAUUUAGCAACACUCGAUGAAGGAAGUUUGAAGUUUUCAUACGGCCACUUGUCAGCUGCUGCUGUUUAUCAUACUCAGGGUAGGGAAACAGCACUACGUGUAUCGCGAUUAACCUGGGAGCAAUUGACGCCAUGCGCCAAGUGGUUGAGCUCAUUCGCGCUUACGGUGUCGGAAGAACGUGCCCAGCAGAUGUUACGCUCAGCCGCGCCGACGGUGGAUACUAAUGCCGGUUCAGGUCUGCGUAUUGCUGUACCAAACAUCGUCGCCGACGAGUCUCAUCGGAUCCAGACUCACGUGAUCGACCUGGAGAUGCUGGAACUUGCUCAACAACGGCAUUCCCAUGAUGCGCUAUUGAUCGACGACUGUAUUGACUUGGACAGGAUGUUAGAUUCUGGAAGUAGUCCCGAUCAAAGUGGAAUUCUUACACCACCAUCGAGUAGCCAGAAGAACUCACCAACGCCACCGAGGCUAUCGCAUCAACUCGAACCUUAUACGUAGAGAGAGGGAUUCACUUUAGUCAACAAUUAGUCCAGUGAAUUUGAGAAUGCAAUGAGAACCGUAGUGAAACUACCAAUAGUGUUUUAAUUGCAUGACUCGUUGCAAAUUUUUCUUUCUUUUCUUUAUAUCUGUCGAUAACAUCAUGCUUUUUGGUAGCUUAUUAUCUCAGAAGGGAUACUACUCCGUUCAACAAAAGGUGCAAAAUGUCAAGGAUUAGCUUCGUUCGAUCGUACAUUAUACGUGGUGAGCGAUUAUUUUAGUCAGUCCAAGCGAAUUUUUUAAAACCAAAGUUAAAACGCAUGCUUUUUGAUGAUCUUCCACACGUGGUUGUUUUUACGUCAAGUGCACAUGUGCAAUGUAAAUUUUGUCAUCACGAAACAAACGUAACGGUUAAACGAAGCUCAAUACGGCAAAAGGAUUAUCUCAGCUUGGUUUGUUUGUAUAUAGACGUAAAAAAUCUUUCGUAAAUCAAAUUAUAUUGAUAAUAUUGUCGUUUUUUCUUUCUCCGCUCUAUUAAGGGAAAUAGAUUAUAAUUUCUAAAGAACACUAGCCAACAGAUAGAUAUUUUAAUAUUUAAAAGAACUGAUAUACAUAUGACUAUUUUUUACGUAUAGUUUUUCCAUGUUAAUGGAUCUAAAUAUGUAAGAAACAAAUUUAAAGAAACAACGAUAACAAAAAAAAGUAAUAUGCUAUAAGUCAAUCCUACGUCUAUAAGUCUACGACGACAUUCUUCCUAUAAAAAUUUAGCAGUAGAAACUUAAGGAAUUACUAAAUGUAAAUAUUUAAAAAGAGAAAUAGGAAUGUUGUCGCUUCUGUGAAGUACUAAACGCUUAACACUUAAUUAAUUUAACGUGCGAGACUAUGUCGCAUAGUUCUGUGAUUGGACGAGUGUGACUCAGACUAGGAAUUGAGAACGAGUGCCUUAGAAGAAACUUUUUUUAUCUCCGUAAAGGUCUUGAAUAUUUAAUCGUCCAUCUCGAAGGACUGAAAAAUAAUGUACGGAAAAUGUAAAAAAAUAUCAUUGUAAAAUGUACUGCUACGUUAACGCUGUAAAAGAAAGUGCCUAUGACCGACGGUGCGCUUACUUAUACACAAUUUUAUCCGAUUGAAUGAAACUUCAUUGUGAAUAUUGCAUUUUCUUUAUUUCUUUUACGGAUACGGCUUUACUUUUAACGCAGAACGCCGCGUCAUUAGUUAAUCGAUAGGUAGCUAAAGAAAAACAAUAUAGUUGAGCACGUCGGCGUUCUUUUAUGUAAAUAGGUAAAAAAAACAAUUAAUGAAGAGGAUUUUCAUCGUUUAAACUUAGCAAAAAAUAAAAAGAGAAUGUGAGUU